GCGCGGGUCCGGCAGGGACGCUGCGGCCCGGUCCCCUGAGUGACCCACGUGCGGGUCAGCCACUGCGCUGCCGUCGGGUGGCCUUAUAGGGUGAGCCCAUUCCCAGAAUUCUGCAAUGAUCCUCGUCCCGCACACCUUUCGUCCUCCGUGGAUGGGAUCUCGCGGCCGGGUAGCGGAAGGUUUGGUAGGCAGCCUGGUCUGCGGCAAGAGGGAGAGGGUCUGCAGAAAUCGGGCAGGGGAGCUGGUCAGCAAGCUGCUGCACUUGCAUUUUAAAGACGACAAGACCAAAGUCAGCGGGGAUGCGCUGCAGCUCAUGGCCGAGCUGCUCAAGAUCUUCGUCGUGGAAGCGGCCAUCCGCAGCAUCCGGCAGGCCCAGGCAGAGGACCUGGCCCAAGUGGACGUGGAGCAGCUGGAGAAGGUGCUGCCUCAGCUGCUUCUGGACUUCUAGGGGUUUCCACCCUCACUGUGGCUACUGGUCCAAGUCACAGCCUCUGGCUUCAGACAGGACAGGAGCUGCUGGUCCCCAAGUUCUCCAGCUCCCAGGAUUGGCCCGGUGCCAGCAAACCAUCACUCUC